UCACGCUGACUCACGGCGAGCUAGCAUUUGGUGAGUGACGAAGCGCCGCGAAUCGAAAUCUGCUGUUUGCUAAAGAAAAACGUGCUUAAUGUUAAAGUUGCUAUUUGCCAAUCGACUGACUCGUAUGGUCGCUUUUAUGAUGUACCUGUGCCGCUGAAGUGCGUUCAGCAACACAACGAUCGGGUUGCGUGUGCCCUGCAACGUUGAUCGACACAUGCGCUCUAUAAAAGAGCCCAUUUUCGCAAAUGAUAUUUUGACAACAAUAAGAGGCGGCAGUGCCUUAAAAUCCUUCACAUUGCCUUAAAAAUCGCGGAGAAGACGUUUACAUUGCAGAUUUUUAAAAGUAUAACCCGUAUGUUUGACUUCGAGUGUUGAGUGAACGCCGAAGAUGCGCAAAAACGUCAAUUAAUGUGUGCAACAACGGCACGGCGCAAAUAACGUGGGGCCUGUAGGUGCGAUUGAAGCGCAAGAAAAAGAAAAAUCAAUAGGUAUAAAAAGGCAGUUCGCUGGUGACCAUGUAUCGAUAUACGGUCCAAGCCCAGAUCCAAAGCAAAAUCACCGCCAGCAGGAGCCAGCCAAUAGUCGGCGCUAUUAAUAAACACAACUUAUACCGCUAUAUCGGGGCGGCUGCUGCGUCGCCUACGCAGAUGAUGCGUUGCAAACGCCAAGUUGCGUAAUAUCCGCAAGCAAGUGUGCAAAUCCGAAUUCGCGAAAAAAACAAGCUGACUCGUAAUUCGCCGCUAAAGCGUUAGAACAAAGUUCGUGGUUGGAGUCUCCUCUCUAGCGUUCGUGUGUGUGACGGUGUCCGAGUGCCUGUGUGUGCGCUUACCCCGGUGUAAGUGUAAGUUCUGUGCAACAACAACAAUAUGGCCGCCGCAACAGAUGGCUCUGGGUCCGCCAGGGCGGCCGCAGCAGCGGCGACGACGUCGCCGCGAACAGCAUCCAACGGCUGCGGUCUGACCGGCAAACCGCCCGGAUCCCCUGGCUCGUCGGCGGCUGCGGCGGAACCGGGCUCUGCGGCAACCUCCUCCGCCGGACUGCCCGCCUCCGUCUCGCACUUCUACUACAAGCAUGGCCUCUUCCUGUCCAGCUACCCCACGUGCGCCUCCAGCAUCGCCUUCAUGGCGAUUCUGCUUUCGUGCUAUCCGUUAAUCAACAUACCGUUGCCCGGGACAAUACCCACCAAGAUUGUAGUACCUUACGAGGCUGGGUAUGGAUCUCCCACGGCCUACAACCACAGUGGCUCCACGUUUGCACCACCCGCUCCCGGCGAACCCUUGCCCGUCGGACCCGCUAGUCUUUACAAUGGAAGUGCCACGAACCGCAGUGUGCCUCCCCUGCUACCGUGGGCGCAAAGCAGACCCCCUUUUUUUUUUGUCCAGCAGAUUACGCUGCGAGCAAGUGUUCUCCCGUGGACAGAGGGAAUGCAGCUGAUGGAUGCGUUCCGUGCGCCGCUUUACGAAGUUUUUAAGUUGCUCGAAAUUGUGCGCAAUCACCAAAGCAACGAAAACCAGCGAACCCUGGAGCACAACUGCUUGCAUGUAGAGAACGUAAAGCGCGGGACCCACGGGCAGCAGAUCUUUCCCGAGUACGGCUGCCUGCUUCUCUCGCCCGCCAACAUGUGGACACAGAACGCCCAGAAUUUCACCCGAGACACAAACAUUCUUAACACGAUAUUUCAGUACCAUAACCUGCAGAAGUCAAAGGUUUCCGCCGCAGAAAUGUUGUUCGGCCUACCCAUGCAGGACACUGGCUUCAAGCGCUAUCCGUUGCGCGCUCGGUCACGGAUCAUACAGUAUGCAUUGACCUUGAUCCUCAAGAACAACGACAUGGAAUACCUUGAGACUCUUAAGGAGAAGCUGCAGCGACACUACCCGCCGCUGCCACUGAGACCGUCGGCGAGUAGGUCGCUGAAAGAACCAUCGACAAUUACUUACAUAUUUUACCCGGGAGAGUACCGAAUGUGGGAACUGGUGCCCUACACGGUGGCCUUCAUGCUAGUGUUCGCGUACGUCUACUUCUCUGUCCGUAAAAUUGACGUUUUUCGCUCUCGGCUUUUGCUGGCUCUAUGCAGCGUAAUCACAACGGCUGGAAGCUUGGCCAUGUCCCUUGGCUUGUGCUUCUUUUUCGGACUGACCAUCUCACUGCAGUCAAAAGACAUAUUUCCCUAUCUGGUAAUCCUGGUGGGACUGGAAAACAGUUUGGUGAUUACAAAGAGCGUGGUGUCAAUCGACGAAACGUUCGACGUGAAGAUCCGCGUAGCACAGGCCCUAAGCAAGGAGGGCUGGCAUAUUUCCAAGACGCUGCUAACGGAGAUUACAAUUUUGACUAUUGGCCUCGCCACUUUCGUUCCAGUCAUCCAGGAGUUCUGUAUCUUCGCCAUAGUCGGCUUGCUUUCAGACUUCAUGCUACAAAUGCUCCUCUUUUCCACCAUCUUGGCAAUGAACAUUAAGCGGGCCGAAUAUACAACAGAGGCGAAGCACCUCCCUAAGAUGCUGCUGAGCUGCACUCAGGGGGCGGGUCGACAGGAUUUCCGCUUCUUUGGUGCCACCCCAUCGAUGCCGCCCUUUGUCCCCGGCACAUUCCAACGAUCACAGUCGCAUCCAAAGCUCUGCUUUGCAGAUGCGUCAUCUGUCAAUGAUCGGACAAGCUUGGUCAACGCCCACUCCCCGCAAGAACAGCGAAUCCCCAAGCGCAUCAAAAUUGUAAACUUUUGGGCUCGCACCCGCUUUUUUCAGCGGGCUUUCAUGAUCUGGAUGAUUGUGUGGAUAUGCUCUAUAGUGUAUAACUCGGGAUGCCUGGAACAGUUGUUCAGUAUGGAGAGUAACGGCACGAUGACUGCAACCUUUGAACUCCAUCGACGCCUACAGGCAGGGCGUGGAGCCGUCAGCAGCUUUUUCGAGGGAUGGCAGGCGGAUCAGCAGCGGCCUACAAGUGCUCCCGGCGGCAGUGGCAUUUCCACUACUUUACAAGGUACACUCGCAAAAGAUAUUAAUGAGACGGCCGAGGAUGUGCAACGACUACGCUACCCAAACUUUGACCUAAACUACUUCCUCUCGAACUUCCACUGGUCUACGAUCAUGAAACAGUACAACAUAUCACUCAGUGGGCACUACGUAACCUUACUGCCAACCAUUCGGCUUAGCCAUGCCAUUGCGCCCGAGCUAGCGACAUUGUUACGCAACCCGCAGGAGCAACUGCAACAGAAUUUCCAGUGGAAGGCCUUGGCCGCUGCGCUCGAUCCCCUCGACUUUAACGACGAUGACGAGCGCCGCGAUUCCCCAAUGGUAAUGGGUGGCGGAAUGCCGUUGGUUCCUAAGAGCCCCAUGGAAAUAUUCUUCGCCAUCCUUCUCUGCUGCAUUAGCAUCUUCGUGCUGUGCUACACAAUGGUGGUCUUCUACCGCUGCAUCUGUACCAGGAACUACGCCGAGUGGCGUUCUAGCUGGCAUGAAUCCGAAGCGCCUUAUAAGCAGACUGAGCAAAUUCUCGAGGGUGUGCCAACUCAAAUAGCUGGACACAAGCAUCGCAUUGAGUGUCUCGUCUCCGACGGUGCCUACAUCAUAAGCUGCUGCCUUAAAGGCCAAAUCCGUGUGUGGGAUGCACGCAGUGGUGAGCAGCUAACCAGCAUCGCCCGCUCCGACAUCCAGAUCUCUCAUCUACGACCGGAUGGACAGACGCUGGUGCGGAAACUGGCCGUGUCACCUGUAUGGUGUCUGGACUACUUCGACAAUCUCAUUGCAGUAGGCUGCGCUAAUGGACGCGUAGAGUUGUGGGAAUCCCCUGCCGGUUUACUUAAGUGUGCAUACCAGGAAGACGCCAAGAGAAACCAAGGAAUAACGCAUAUCCACUUGAAUGGCGACCGAGUGAUUGUGGCUCGUCUGAGUGGUCGGCUGGAUUUCUAUCGCUUGGAGACGUAUUAUAAAGGGAAGCAGAUAGACUGGGGUUUUACCUCGGCCUACAGGCGCACUCACGUAAGAACAGGAUCUACUGGAAGCCUGGGACUGAUGAUGCAUCAGCAGCGGUGCCAGCAGGAUACCGCUCAGAAGACAACUAAGGAGGAAAUGAAAAUCACAUUGGAGGGCGUGCGACUGGCCCAUCAGCAACCUAUCACCUGCAUGCAGGUCGUUAACGACAUGGUCUUUACCGGCAGCCAGGACCACACUCUUAAGGUUUAUUGUCUAAACAAGUCGGAUGCGGAGUAUACGCUUCACGGACAUUGUGGGCCCGUGACCUGCCUCUUCUUGGACCGCUGGCAACCAUGCACCGGCGGCUCCGGUUCCCAGGACGGUCUGCUCUGUGUUUGGGAUCUGUUUACUGGUGCCUGCAUGUAUAACAUCCAAGCCCACGACGGUGCCGUUAGCUGCCUGGCCUGCGCCCCUAGCUAUGUGAUAUCGCUCGGCACGGACGAGCGAAUCUGCGUGUGGGAACGAUUUCAGGGAAAUUUGCUGACUACUAUAAACAUCUCCAACGCGUACUCCAGUCUGCUGAUGCUAACACCGUCACUGUUGGUGACCAGCAAAAUGGGAUCUCUUAUUGUUUGGGAUGUGCGCACUGGGCAGCCGGCUCGCGAGGUCAAGCUGGACUUUGCCAAUUUGCAGCUGUGCCCCAAAAUUAUGAUGCUUGCCUGCGAUUCGGUAGUUUGCGACUACGGAAAUGAGAUCCGCGUCGUCCGCUUCCCUAUCGUGGCUGACAAGUGCCACUAAAGUGCAAAAAAUGAAUUUAACGUCGCCUACUAGCACCUAUGAUUAAGUUGACUCUCGGCUCUCCACAGCCUUGAAGCUAUUGACGCAUUCACUAAGUUAUACAUACAUACACUGAUAUGUCUCGCAGAAAAUACUAUUUAAGCAAUUAAGCCCAAUUAACACUAAUGAUUUUGUAUACUCAUAUGAGUUAUAAAGAAAUGUCUAUGCGACCUGGAAACUUAAAAACCUAUAGAAAUUGGACAAGAACUUGUAAUCUUAAAAAUAUUUUUUAAGUCGGCUUUAUUGACUCUUGUAUAUAAAUUAAAUUAUUAAUAUUCUCAAAUUGAUUGCGUUUGUAUCAUAUUUAUGUAUUUUUUUAAGUUUCUAGAUCCAAUUUGUUUAAAACUCCGAAAAGUUGUGCAUUACUCUUUGCUAGGAACUAUCUUUUGAAAUUUGACCCUAAGUUAACAGCUAAGCGCUGAAGCUUUGAAAUGUUAAGGAUAUACUCCAGCGACAGAAUGACAUUUUGUCUUUCAUUUGUGUGAGUAGAUUCCACAGUUGAUCCAAAUUAUUUUUGUGGUAGCAGAGACCGAGCAUAGCUAUUCUCUAUGUCCGCUUAAUGGGAAGCUACCGACCUCUAAUAUAUUCCCUAUGCCCGCUUAAUGGAAAGCUGCCGACUGCUGAUAGAUGUAAACUAAACAAAUAUGAUACACACAUAUAUAUUUUCGCGUAAUUAUAUUAUCUACAGUGUCUUAAAACGCCUAAGCAUAACAUAAAAUGACUAAAUAACUUAGAUACUAUAUUUAAUCACUAACGUUUAAUUUUCUAUACGAAAAGUAAAACUUACAAAUAUAUAUUGAUUGCACACA